AUGGUAAUAGCAUAUAUUAUUCGUUGUUGGAUUUAUCUUAUCUUUGUCAUUCCAUCACUUUUAUGUUCUAUUUUUAAUCUUUAUCAUUUUAUUGUUGAUCGAACACUUCGUAAAGCUCUUUACAAUCAUAUCAUUAUUCUUAUUCUUUCUGUUUGUCUCUUAUAUAAUAUAACUGAUAUUAUAUGGUUAAUUCAUUUUUAUCGUACUAUUUCUCCAAUAUCAUAUGCAUACAUAUUCUGUAUUUUAUGGGCAUAUAUAGAUUUUGCUCCAUUUGUAUCAAUUACACUUCUUGUUGCUUGGGCAUCAAUUGAACGACAUAUUCUUAUUUUUCAUCAAAAUUUAGUUUCAACACGAACAAAACGUUUAUUUGCUCAUUAUUUACCUAUGAUUAUAUUUACUCUUUAUCCACUUAUUUAUUAUAUGGUGAUGUUUUUUAUUAUACCUUGUUCAAUUCCACUUAAUUAUGCAAAAACUCGAUGUGGUCUUACUAAUUGCGCAUAUCCAAGUGCAGCAAUUACCAUGUAUGAUGGAAUUGCACAUAAUAUAUUACCUGUAUUUAGUAUUGUUGUCUUUAGUAUAGCUCUUAUUGGACGUGUCUGGUACAAUAAAUAUCGAAUGGGUCAAAGAUUUCAGUGGAAAAAGUAAGAAAAAAUAAACCGAAGAUAUUGAUAACAAUUGA